AUGAAUCGUUAUAUCCAAGACGGGGACAAUCCGGAUAUUACUGAAGAACGGAAGAAGGCAACAUUUGAUGUAGAUGGAUUUACUGAGUGGUAUCAUGGAGGAGCGAAGAGAUUACAGGCCCGCCGAGAAGUCGAGAAGUACGUUGAGGACCAUAAAGAGCUCCAGGAUACACGUCCAACACCAUUUAUGAGUCGGGAGGAACUAAUCGACAAUUCCGUUAGAAAAGUGGCUGGAAUGGCUAAGUACCACGAAAUGAUUGACAUGACAAACAUCGAGAAGACCACUUAUUUCAUACAAAUGGUUCAUGUCCGCGACGGACAAGCUUUCUCUUUACACUACCUUAUGUUCCUUCCCGUUCUUCAAUCCCAAGCUUCCUCAGAACAACUCUCCAAAUGGAUGCCUCGUGCUGUUUCUGGUACCAUUAUCGGAACAUACGCUCAAACAGAAAUGGGGCACGGGACAAAUAUUUCAAAACUGGAGACAACCGCUACGUAUGACCCAAAAACCCAAGAGUUUGUUAUCAACACUCCGACGGUUAGCGGAGCAAAGUGGUGGCCAGGAAGUCUUGGAAAGUUUUGUAAUCAUGCAAUUGUUGUGGCGAAUUUGUGGACUAAUGGAAAGUGUGAGGGACCUCACCCAUUUAUUGUGCAGCUCAGAGACAUGGAGACUCACAAGACCCUUCCUAAUCUAAAAUCGGGAGAUAUUGGACCAAAGUUAGGGGUUAAUGGAUCCGAUAAUGGAUAUCUACUUUUUGACCAGUUUCGGAUCCCAAGAGAGAGCCUGUUGAUGCGGCAUUCUAAGGUGCUAGCCGAUGGAACCUACGUGAAACCACCGCAUUCAAAACUUGCUUACGGUGGAAUGGUGUUCGUGAGAAGCAUGAUGGUUCGAGAUAUUGCCAAUCACCUGGCCAACGCCGUCACAAUUGCGACACGCUAUUCAUGCGUCCGUAGACAAGGAGAGCUGGUUCCUGGAGCCGGUGAAGUCAAAAUUCUAGACUAUCAGACUCAACAAUAUCGCAUUUUUCCGUACAUGGCAAAAGUGAUUGCUUUCAGGAUUGCUGGAGAGGAGUUGCAAGUAAUUUUUAAAGAAAUCUCCAAACAAUUGAAGAAAGGUGAAGCCUCCCAACUUCCCGAUAUCCAUGCUUUGUCAUCUGGACUCAAGGCUCUAGUCACAUUUGAAGUGCAGCAAGGAAUUGAACAAUGUCGGCUGGCAUGUGGAGGACAUGGCUACUCACAUGCUUCUGGAAUUCCAGAGUUGCUAGCUUUUUCAUGUGGAAGCUGUACCUACGAGGGAGAUAACUUGGUGUUGCUAUUGCAAGUGGCUAAAUACCUCAUGAAAGUGGCCGCUUCAGAAGGACUGAAUACGACUGGGAUCUGUGGAUAUCUUCAUAAAAAGAGUCAAUCAAAUGUCUCUACACUGUCAAGUCACAAAACCUAUAAUGACCAUCAGAUCGUUCAAGACUUUGAGCACGCUACUAGAAGAGUCGUUCUCCAAGCGUUCAACAAGUUGAAGACUGAAAGUGCCAUGUAUAAGAGUCAUGAAGCAUGGAAUAGGUGUUCCGUGGAGUUGACCAAGGCCGCGAGGUGGCACAUUCGUCUCUACAUCGUUCGAAUCUUGCUCCUCAAGGUCUCGCAAGCUCCAGAAGAUAUCCGUCCUGUUUUGAGAACACUUGCCAAGCUAUACAUCUUUGACCUACAAGUUUCAAAUAAGGGCAGUUUCAUGGAGAACAGAUAUAUGACACUCCAACAAAUCGAUGAGCUAAAAAGUGGUGUUUCGGAAGCCCUCGCCACCAUUCGCACUGACGCUGUCUCUAUUGUGGACGCCUUCGCAAUCCAUGAAAUUGAAUUGAAGAGUGUGCUGGGUCGACGGGAUGGAAAUGUGUACCCGGCGUUGAUGGAAUGGACUACACACAGUCAUCUGAAUAAAAAAGAUGUUCCGGAUGCAUUCGAGAAGUACUUGAAGCCAAUUAUGGAGAAGAUUAGGGCUAAAAUUUAG